AUCAUUUUUCAUUCGAGUUUUAACCUUAUUUUGUAUCGGUCGUGUUUACGGUUGCACUUAUCAGAGUUUUAUUAGUAUAUUUCUAUUAUCACCGAUCUCAUUAUAUAGCACUUUCCGCAAAUUUAUAAAAGAGCGGAUUGCCGGCAGUAUUUUGCAUACGCUUUCCACAGCUUGUAGGAGACGUUUCUAAAAAAAAUAGUUCAUCACAGGUUUUGGAGUAAUUUCUCCGACAUUUAAAGAGAUUUUAAGAAGUUCCUGUAUUAAACAUGUUAAAUAUACUUAACAAAAAGAUGCACGGGGAUACUUUUGAGAUGAGAGAUCUGGCUGCAAGGAUUUGCAAAGAUUACCUUCAUGGAGCUUGGAAGAAUGUUACAGCUCACGACAUUGGAUUUAAGCAUAUAAGUGGAGGUCUUUCGAAUUUACUUUACCAUGUGUCCCUUCCAUCCGAUUUGUAUAACACCUAUGACGAAAAGAAAAAACAUCACAUAGAAGAACCAAAGGAAGUCUUGAUCCGCAUCUAUGGCCAGACCCACGGAGAGGGAGCCUUAGAAGCCUUAAUUACUGAAAGUGUCAUAUUUACACUUUUAAGUGAACGAGGAUUGGGUCCGAAAUUACAUGGCAUAUUUCCUGGUGGUAGGAUCGAACAGUACAUCAAUGCUCGUCCACUGCUCAAUAAAGAAUUGGCGGAUGAAAGACUAUCCACUAUGAUUGCUCAAAAGAUGGCCAGCUUGCACUCAAUGGAGGUUCCUCUACAUAAGGAGCCUGAUUGGCUGUGGAACACUAUUGACAGAUGGUUGAGAACGUGUGAUAAAAAACUACAAGGAGAUGAAGUUCCAGUGUUCAUAAAAGAUCUUUUGAACGACGUAAAUUUAAAGGAAGAGGCCAAAUGGCUUAAGAUGAGACUGGAACAAGAAAACAGCCCUGUUGUAUUUUGCCACAAUGAUAUGCAAGAAGGAAAUAUACUCAUGUGCAUGGAUCAAGACAAAGAAAAUAAUCCUUUAGAUAAACAAAUUGUAAUAAUAGAUUUUGAAUACUGUUCUUACAAUUAUCGGGGUUUCGAUAUAGCAAACCAUUUCAUUGAAUGGGUGUAUGAUUACAAAGAAGAAAAUCAUCCUUUCUUUACCGAAGAUCGCAAAAAUUACCCUACAGAAAAACAAAGGCUCACUUUUAUAAAGGCAUAUUUAGAAGAAAGGAAGUCUCGUGAAAAUCCUAGAAAGGUUCUAAAAGAAGUUGAAGUUUUUACGUUGGCCACUAAUUUCUUCUGGUCUCUGUGGGCCUUUAUUAAUGCUGACACAUCUCAAAUUCCAUUUGGUUAUUGGGAAUAUGGUUUCUCGAGACUAACAGCCUAUUUUCAACUGAAGGAGCGACUUUCUUGCAACCUGCAGAUAAAGAGAAAGGUGGAAUGUCUUUGCCUAGACUGAGAUUAACACUUUGUCUAGUUGUAGAGAGUAUUCUCGAAGCUUUCCAUUUAAAAUAUUUUAAAUGCGAAACAAAACAUACCAACAAAUGUUUCUAUAGCAGGCUCAGGAGUUGAGGGACGCAUAACUGUUUCGUAAUUAACAUGGAAUUGAAAUUGGAAGAUGGAGAUGUGAAGAUAAAGAAAGAGAUAUGUAGCUCUCGACAUCCUACAUCAUUAUUUAUUUUAUUCGACCAUAACGAAAAAGAUGUUAAAUAGUAACACUCUAAAUAGUAACAACGUUAUAAGAUCUACUAAUAUAAAUUUAUUAAGCGAGUAAUGAUAUUUCGCUUAAAUGCAUAAAAACGAUGAA